UGUUUGUGACGUGACGUGAAGUUUUGAUUCAGAUUUAGUUGUACUUCGCGAGACGAUUUAUAAUUACAUUUAAGAGAAUUCAGUUAAGCUAACUGUACACGCAUAUAGUAAACAGUAAUUUCUGUCCCAUGCCUUUUAAUACUUGGUGUAUUACGACGUUUGCAGUUAGUAAUUUAAUUACAAAAGUGUUCAUUCAAGAGUCAAAGUAUUAUCAUUGCUUGGUGCAUUUUGGACUUUAUUUUGUACUGUAUUAAUGGAUAUAUAGACCCGACUAAGUGAAGACAUCUAUAAGCCAUGGACAAUCUAGACGAUUCGGAGAACAACGCUAAGAUCUCGGACUCUGCCUACUCCAACAGCUGCAGCAACAGCCAAUCAAGGAGGAGCCACAGCUCCAAGUCGACCCACUCGGGGAGCAACUCCAGCGGCAGCAGUGGUUAUGGCGGGAAGCCCUCCACAUCCGGCAACAGCAACAUACAACAGCCGGAAAAGAGAACGAAAGAUAAAGAUACAAAAAAGAAGAAGAACCAGAUUGAGACGUUGGCUGUCCAGGACGUGAUCCAGGAGGAAUGUAGACCGCCAGCGCCCGCGCCCGUCUGCGAGGCGCCCAAGGAGGAGACCAGUGAUGUUGUGGUGUCGCCGCCUACCCCCCACUCCCUCUCGGACAAGGGCAUCGAGCUCAUGGAGAUAACCACUGCUGAGAGGACCGGCGUCAAGGAAGAGGAAGGGUUCUCGUGCGUGAUAUCGAUGCACGACGGCGUGGUGAUGUACACCAACUCAUCGCUCACGACCACCCUCGGGUUCCCCAAGGACAUGUGGAACGGCAGGUCCUUCAUUGAUUUCGUGCACCCUAAAGAUCGCAGCACAUUCGCAUCGCAAAUAACCAAUAGUUUGGCUGUGCCGAAAAUCGUAAAUGGUACGCAAGAGAAAGCCCAGUCACCAGGCAGUUCCGUGUCUACAAUGGUGUGCCGGAUCCGACGAUACAGGGGUCUCAACGCCGGGUAUGGGGUCAAGGAGCGCGUGCUCACAUUCAUGCCGUUUCUGCUCAAGCUGAACUUCAAGAACAUCAAUGAUGACGAGGGAAAAGUCAUCUACUUGGUCAUUCAGGCCACGCCGUUUUUUUCCGCAUUUAGAAUACCGAACGAAAAAGUCACCAAAGCUGUGCCUUUCGUGAUGCGGCACGCUCCAAACGGCCACAUAAAAUACAUGGCGCCGGAGUCGGUGCCGUACCUGGGCUACCUGCCUCAGGACCUCGCGGACAAGGACGCGCUGGCGCUGUACCACCCGGAGGACCUGGGGUACCUCCGCUGCGUCUACGAGACCAUCGUCAAGGAGGGCGGCGUGCCCCGCUCGAAGCCCUACAGAAUAAUGACCCAAAAUGGCGACUACAUUCGUCUCGAGACGGAGUGGUCGUCUUUCAUCAACCCUUGGUCUCGGAAACUGGAGUUCGUCACGGCGAAACAUUAUAUAGUUGAGGGCCCUUCUAACCCGGACGUGUUCCAAGCGCCCACUCCGGACAAGCUCUACAAGCAGACUGAAGAAGAGAAGAACAAGGCUCAGAGUCUCAAAGAAAGCAUCGUCAGGAUUAUUAAUGAGGUAUUGACGAAGCCGGCCGAAGUGGCGAAGCAGCAAAUGAGCAAGCGCUGCCAAGACCUGGCUUCCUUUAUGGAGAGCCUCAUGGAGGAGCAGCCUAAACCUGAAGAUGAAUUCCGACUGGAGAUCCAGGAGGCAGACAACAGUUAUUAUGAACGUGACUCAGUAAUGCUUGGAGGUAUCUCCCCCCACCACGAGUACAACGACAGCAAGUCAAGCACGGAGACACCGCUCAGUUAUAACCAGCUGAAUUACAACGAGAACUUGCAGAGGUAUUUCGACAGCCACCAGUCGUUCUACCACGAGGAACGGAAUAUGGACACCGCGGAUAACAUGUUCAGUUUGAUCAAAGCUAAUCCUACAAGCUGCCUAUCCCCGGUGGCCUUAAACUCUGGGGACUCGGGCGAGAUGAGUUCAGGAGAAAGCAGCGCGCUGGCCAUCAACCCGGGACCUUCCGACGACGGGCAGGCCAUGCGGCUCACUGAGACACUGCUCACCAAGGCCCAAAUGAACAGGCACAAUGCCGACAUGGAGAAGGAGCUGAUGAAGAUGCACAGAGAGAGCCGCUCCUCCAAGUGCGAGCGAGACAAAACAUCCAGCGAUACCAGGAAGAAGAAGAAGGAACAUCUGGCGAGGUGCAACGCCACCUACCAGCCGACCACGGCGGGCGCCAUUUUGGAUGAGCCAGUGCCACACGGCAUCAAACGCAGCAAACAAGGCGACUCGAGCGAAGCCGGGGCGCACAAGCACCACUGCCCGCAGUCCCGCGGCCUGCGACGAAAGCAGGCAGCCAGCUCGGCACACCCGAUAGCUUCCUCCGACGUCACUACCGCGAAUUCGCCUUGGCCGACCCCGGCCGUGAACAACAUGAACGCGUUCAUUCUCGGCGUGGGCAUUCCUCAGCAGAUGUCCAUCAUCAACCCCAUGAUGACCCAGCAGAUGGCCGCGUUGCCUGCGGGCAUGUUCCCGAUGUACUACGCGCCAGCUGCUUCCUCCACGAUGCCCUCGACUUCCACCGAGGGGGAGACCAGCAAGGCUGGACAAUUCCAACAGCCGGCCAUGCAAUGUCUAAUGUACGGCUCACCGUUCAUGUACUCGUCGAUACCGCCGCCGGUGCCGUACCACGUGCAACAGACCACGCUCAUGGCGCAGACGAUGCAGUACACCAACCAUCUGAACCCAUUGGGGCUGACCAACAGCAAUUAUGAGAAGUGCACAGACGUGCUACCAAACCCCAGCAGCUUCCGUGCCAACGUCUCCAAGAGCAGCCGCGUGGUGACCAGCGACGAGACGAUAGACAGGACUGAUGGGGAAUCCUCGUACUCCUCGUUUUAUUCCUCGUUCUUCAAGACCGAGUCGGGCAGCGCUGAGGACAGCGGCGGAGCUGAUAAGAAGUCUAAUAAGUGUUGGAGCAGACACCGCCCUGGUGAGCAGACUCCUGAGGAUGGCCAGUCGUACUCCGACCCGAGGGCUGGAAAAAAGUUCGCCCGAAGGAAAAUGGAUCCGCCGUGGUUGGACCAGGUGUCGGUGACAUCUGAACUAAUUUACAAGUAUCAAAUACUCACCAAAACUAUGGACGAAGUGUUGACGGCAGAUAAACAGAAGAUUGGCAAUCUGGAACAGCCAUCACUGGUGAACGAGCAGCUGGAACAGCUGUACCUGGAUCUCCAGCUGGAAGGCGUGGCCGCCAGGCUGACUCUGGAGGAAGGCAUCACCAGCUCUUCCAGUUCUGGAGAGGAGACGUCCACCAAGCAGACCAAGACGCCACGAAGGAAGCGAGAGUACAGCAAGCUGACCAUGAUAUACGAAGAAGACGCGCCUCUACCGCCGCCUGAACUCACAUAGUUUUAAUUUGUGGUUACCAUAGACUAGAUAGAGUUACGUUAGUUAUAAAGUUAGUUGGUAAAAUUGAAGGAUGACUGACGGAAGCUGACCAAAAAAAAUAAUUGAGAACCUCCUUUUUUGAAGUCGGUUAAGAUAUGGUGAACAGGUAUAAAUUACUAGAAUCAGCUCGCGAUUUUGUCCGCAUACAUAUAGUCACGUCUAUAUCUCUUGCGUGGUAGACAAAACCAACAAUCUUGAAGACUAUAUAACCACACGGCACUUCAAAUAUCUAUAAAUUUAAACUUAUUAUAUUGCCUAAAGUUAUAUUAUUGCAAAAUAUCAUGAAAAUUAAAGAUAAAUGUAAUUCUUUAAUGAUAUUGAAAGAUAUCAUUAAAGAGUUACACCAAAUUAUGAUAAAAAUCAAUGUUAAUUUUAUCUUCUAUGCUGGUAAGAACGAAGUGUUCCAGUUGCUUUGUGAAGAUUGUAAAAGUCCAUUAAAAGAAAGGAUUUUUCUAUUAUCUGUCUGUCUGUCUGUUAACAGAAAAUAGUAACCCAACUUGAGUCGUGACAGUUACACUAGAUAAAAGGACCUACUUGUUCUAUUAUCGCCUCUUACGACAUCAUACUGCACCAAUAGUAUAUUUUUCAGUGUACUACCCAAAAUUGUGACAACAGCUUUCGUUUGUCAGACCUGUAUGUAUGGUCGGGGAAGAGAGAUUAUAUUAAUAUUUCAUAUGUCAUUUGAAUGUAGAUAAAUACCAAAAUUUUAAUAAACAACAUAUUGAAUAAGAGGUUCACAAAAGUCUUGUCACUUUACUAUAAGCUGUUUUAAAAAAAUAGCAGAAAUAUAUUAUAAGCGAAACCUUGCCAGAUUGAAAUUUUAAACUUUAAUUAAUUUAAAUAUUAAGUCUAACAAUUUAGGGUUGCCUUUUUUUACAAAUCAACAAGUUGCUGUAUUAGUAAAUAAAUUAUUUUCUUAUUUUUGAAAUAUGACAACCAACACUUUCAAAUGUCUUAGGACCAAAUCUUUUUAAGAUUAUGGUCAUAGUAACAUGUUAUUACCAAUUAACAUAGUGCGCUUAAUAAAAGUAUGUAAUUUCGUAUCAUUCCACAAGUUUAAAAGGCUUUUUGAGUAUUAUUUAUUUAUUUACACAUUUGAAAUAUUAAUAUUUCUCCCCGGAAGAAGUGUGAGAAUGACCAUAGAGUAACAAUAUAAUAUAGAGCGUUACAAAAUGGCGUCCGCGACCACAAGGAAUAGAGCGAUAUUCACCCUUAUUUUCUUUUAAUUAUGGACGAUUAUUAAGAGACCUGUCUGUGUGAAGACAAUCUAUUGAUUCGCCGGGUAGAGAUUGUGAUAACAUUAUCACAGUUAUACGUAUAAUUAUUUAAUUUAACAACAGUCUGCAUUUUUUUGUAUAAACAAAAAUUACAUUCAAAGGUAACAAAAAAGAUAUAUAAUUAUAUAUCUUAUUAACUAUAUCUCAAAUAAAAAUCGUGGACUUAUAAUAGCACACUUAGAUCAGUGUACAGUACGCCAAUGAUACUUGAAGUAAUUAAGUUGGAUGCUUGGAAUUAAGGUAUACUUUUCUAUGUGGCCCACUGUAUUCUUCAUACAUAUAUUUAAUUUACAUGUCUAAUAUAAAACUAAGUUAUUUGACGUCUGUUUUUUUGACGAAAGUAAUUUUGCGCCGAUAGAAAAUCUCAAACAAUAUAAAUGUCUAGGAGUGUAACCAACAAAAUAGAUAUAAGUUAGUAGUAAUAUUAUAGUGAUAAGAUAUUCAAAUUUAAUUAUAUUCCAUAUUGAAAACAAACGGAUGUAUAAUUAUAGUUUGGAAAGUAUAAAUAGAUCAGUCGGGUGCAUUUUACGCCUGCAGCCUUCAACAUUAGGUAAGUGUUUGUAAAUGUAUGGAUCUCUAAAUCACAGUUUAUUUAAUGUAUAAUGAGUAUAUUAUAAACAUAUCACAUAAUUCUAUUAGUAUUAUCAAAUUUAACAAAAAAGAAACUGUCCAUUUUUGUUCUAUAAUUUUUUCAUUCACUAUUUAACUGCGCAACUUUUUUUAAAAAUUAUCAUUCAAUUAAAUUGGGACUGAUAUUUAUACUUAACAUUUACUUUUAUAGGCUACUUGUCUCAUAAUUAAUGUCAUAUAUAAAAUGAAUAUUUUGUAUUGUAUUAAGCUUAAAAAUAAAAAUAUAUCAAUUUUAAUAAUUAAAAGCGCGAGAUUAGAUUAAAUAUACGAACAUAGCGAACAGCGUCUUCGCUCUUUGUUGAAAAACAUGAUUUUAAUUAUAUUUUUGAACUUGAUAGGUAUUUGAAAAAUGGAAUUAUAUAUUUUAUUUUUGGCUAAAAUAACAAAAUAUAUGAACUAUUUAUAGGGCCAUCUUGAAAAAACAGUCAACUAGCCUUUUGUUUUUUUGACUUAUUUAUGUCAAAAUACAGGUUAGUUACAGGAGUUAAAUAAGUGAAUGUGAUAGCGCCGUGUUCGUAGAGUGAAAAACCAACAUAUUGUGUAUAUUUAUGGUGAGACAUAUUGUUCUGUAUUUUAUACGUUUUUAUAGUAUUAUAUAAAAUUGAGACCACAUGUAUUUCUACUGCAAAUGUAUAUAUUUUUAUAUUACAACUCUACGUACUCUAUAAAAAAUAUUUAAAUGUAUUGUGAAAAUAAAUAUUGAAAUCUAUUUACCAAAAUAAUUUACGAAAAAGUUAUCACUGACCAAAAUAUAGGGUUUUUAUUAAAUAAUGUCGACUAUUUAAUGUCGUAUUUAUUUAUUCGUAGUUGAAGUAUAAGAAACGCUGAAUGGACAUAUAAGAUAUAGUAUGAUAUUAAACGAAAUACUAUAAUCAUGAUGCCGAACAUAUCAUAAAGUGUGCAAUAUUUUGAGUAGCCGCCACAAUUAUUGUUCUGUUUGGAAAUUAUAUUUCUAUCAUUUGUUUUAUUUAAAUAUUUAUUAUAAUGUAAAUAGGAAUGAGAGAAAAUGCUUAUUUUUGACUGACAAGUUAUUUAAUGAUAAUUAGGAAGUUUAUUCACUUGUCAUAUGUUUUAAAGCGGAGAUAGUGAAGGAAGUUAAAUUUUAAUGUAUAUUCUCAUCCGGUAAAUAGUGAUAAGUGGGUUCAAUGUUAUACAGAUGUUAAUUUAGAUCAAUAAUUCAAUAAAACGUAUAUUUGUAUGGAAAACAUCCAUAUGUGUAUAGAAUGAUACAGUUUGAAGAAAUUUACUUCACUACUAAUGUUUAUGUGUUUUUUAUUUUAUUGUUAUGAAAAAUUCUCGAAUGAUUACGAAUUCUGAGAUAAACCCACCAUUAAUGUUUCUAGCCAAAAACUAGGAGUUAUCAAAUUCGGCGUUGUAUGUUAAAAUAAUUGAACUGUUGAUGUGUACGAUAGAAAAGAAUAAUGUAAUUUUUGUGGAAUAUAAUUAUAGAAGGCUUAA